UGUAAGUGCUUUAUAUUCAUUAAAACAUUGCAUUGUGAUCUUUUGAAAAAAUACCCCACAAUAAAUAUUUAAAUCACACGUUCAUUCAAGAUGUCGACCCUAGCAGAGGAUUUUCUGGGUGCACAAAGUAAACCCUGAAUACCCAAGUCCAGCCAUUUAAAACCUGAAAAAAAUAUGACAAGGAUCUAAAAAUAAAUCAGGUUAUGUUAUGUUACCAAAUUCAAGAAAAGAAAGUACAGAUUUAAGACAAUCACCAUGAUGUUUAGAACUGUCUGUGGAUGUUACCUAUCUUUGCUUUUACAACUUAUGACCUUGACGAAUUUAUGUGAGGGAGUAUUUAAAAAUAUGCACUUCCUUCCUGUGUUUGGCGGAGAAGGACUGGGCGAUUACUGUGAAAGCACUUUGCAUAAUUUCAACUGCAGUGUUGGCCCCAAAAAAGGCAUAGAGGGAGAUACUGCACUUGAUUGCAAAAUGAAAAGACAGAAAGAUCCAGGUGGAAUUUCAUUGACGUUUAGCAGUAACAACCAAUCGAUGGCCGGUGAUUAUGAGUUUGAUACACAAUAUAGACUGCUUGACUUUUCUAAAUACACUUAUUCCAGCUCUGAUAGUGAUAAAAAUUAUCAGAGAAAUUUGAGUUUCCCUUGUUUUAUGGGAUUCCGACAUGAACCGUGCUUAUCUGCUGAAUACAAAGUGUACUCUGCUUCCAUCACAUCAGAAUCGAGCUUAUCCAUGUUAAACACAAGUUUUGAAGAAAUAGCGUGUUCACAAAGUACUUACAAUAUCACGUCGUAUAACGUUUCUGGUAUGUAUAAUUUCUUCCUAUGUAAACUAUUUUUUUCAGUUAACUUUAAAGAUUCAUGGAAAUCCACGAUAGCUGUUGCUUUCUCUCCUUGGGAAAAAGACGUCUCAUUUGUGUUUGACCCUGUUCCUGAUGCUGUAACAUUCCAAAUGUACAACGUUUCGCUAAUUGAUGCAUAUAAUAACACAUUGUAUAGGAAUCAGCGUAUUUUCAAGGAACAACCAACUCAGAAUGUCUUUCUGGACGUAGAGGAUGGAAUUUAUUAUAUAUUAAUAGAGGUGAAUACUACAGAUGAUAACUGUCCAAUGAGUUGUAGAUACACAAGGUCUCACAGUUUCAUAGUUGGAAAUUUUCAACCAUUACAAGUUAGAGGUAGAGGAGACAGCAAAGACCCUACUGAGCUAAUAAAAAUGGCAGCCAUUUUGAUUGGUAGCGGGGUUGUUUUACUUCUGUUACUCCUUGGUAUCCUUUGUUACCUUCGGCGAAAAAAAGAUUACGAUGUGCCAGAUUUUUUUAACGGACUUCUGAUUUAUUCCAGUGAUAGUAGAAAAACCAAUACUUUAGCCAGUGAAUUUGCAAAAUUCUGCAUGAAAAAAAUGCAAAUACACAUUUCUUAUCUGAAACCCCAAAAUGACAUCGUUCUAAAAGAUUAUACAACAUGGUUCAAGAGAGAAAUUGAGAGAUCAAAGAUAAUCAUCAUAUUCUGGACUCCAGAGUUUAUUCGGGAGCAAGAAGAAGGUGGAAUUACUUCCAGCCACUUAAAAACAGGUGUUAAUCUAACACUGAAUUUAGAACACAACGCCAAUAGGAAAUUGACAUGUGUAUAUUUUAACAAAUCACACAAAACAUCCAUCCCAAGCGGCCUUUGGUUGACAGCUCGUAUAUUUUUAUUUCCAGAACAACUCUCUCAUUUCUGUUCUUAUAUAAGAAAAAACAAAUCAAUUCGAAAUUACAAAGUUACUAAAGCACUGAGACGCGCUUUUUAUGAUUUAAAUAUGAAUAAUAGUGCAGUCGAAACAGCCAAAGAUUGUCACACCAUCUCUGUAAGACAUAUAAAUAAAAAUGAAAUAGAAUCUGAUGAUGAAGAUGAUGUUAUUUUUAAUGAUCGACAGCAUAUUUCGUGGAAAUCUAAAUCGUUUUGGAGGGAAAAUCAACCCUUGAUGGGAAGUAAUGCUUCAAUGACCUCGUUUUCCAAUUCCCCAUAUGUUAAAAAGAAAGCAACUUUCAUUGAGAACCCAUCAUUACAAGACAAAAGUAAGAGUCAAAUGUCAACUGGAAUAUCAAAAAGGAUACCAGCCAUGGUACAUGAACGUCCGUCUGAUAGCGUUCCUACUCUGAAAUUAUUUGGAUCAGGUACAAACAGUGAGCACAGUUAUUCAAGCACAAGUCCUAGCUCUAGUAUUUAUAGCAUAUCUAGGCUACAAUUAAAGACAAUUCCUUCCACUUUGGAAGAUAAAGAUCUGCCCUCUCAAUCUUCAGGUUAUGAAGACUGUGAACCUAUCAAAACACCACAUUCGUCAUAUGAAUCACUGAACUCUUCAUGCACUUCAGCUCCACAUCUUUAUCAAGAAUUAUUACCAACUACUGAAACAGGGCAAAUAAAUGUACAAGACUUGGAUAGCAAAGAGGCUUAUCCCAAUGCCAGUGUCAGAAAUAGUAAAACUGUUGACGAUAUUGACGUUUUUCCACACUGUAUGAAGUGUUUUAAAGUACCAUCCAAGGAAGACAAAACUUCAGAGAGUGACAAUAAUGAUAAUUACAGUAAGUGCAGUGAAAGUAUAACAAGUUUAGACAUUGAUACUUGUGAAUUUACAUAGCAUCAGCCCCUAAAACGUACUAAUUUCCUGAUAAACUGUACCUAGAAUACAUUUGAUUAAUAUAUAUCAUUAAAUUGAAUGUUGCUAUAAGGGAAAUAAUUAUGUUUUUAAAUGGUAGAUCUACAUGUU